AUACAUUUUCGCUGUGCUCAUCACUAAAGCACAAGCGUGGAGCGCUUGUCCCCACCUGUAAUUACCACACACACACACACACACACACGCACUUGUUUAUAGUUAUUUCCAAUAUUUACCUCGCGAUAAAGUUGCCAUUGUAAAGCCCAUGUCCGGAAGAGACUGCGCAGCAUGGAAUCGAAAUACCUGAUCAAUGGCAAUGGCAAUCCGAGCUUGGCCGCCAGCUUUCCCGUCAAGCGCAAAAUGGAGCCCAUGAAAGAACAGAAUUGCAUUAAGAAGCCCAACUACAGUCCGACCAAGCUCCAGAGUCCGUACAAAAACAAUGGGUUGGGCAACAAGAAGAGCAGCAUCGAGCAGGAGCGCAAGGCGCUGCCCGUUUACCAUUGCCGGCAGCGCAUACUCAAGGAGCUGGAGGCAAACGACACGCUGCUGAUCAUGGGCGAAACGGGCUCCGGCAAGACCACACAAAUACCACAAUUCCUGCUGCAGGCCGGGUACGCGAGCAGCGGCAUCAUUGGCAUCACCCAGCCACGCCGUGUGGCGGCCAUAACCAUAGCGAAGCGCGUGGCGCAGGAGCUGGCGACCAACGUGGGCGACACCGUCGGCUACACGGUGCGCUUCGAGGACACCACGACGGAUCGGACGCGCAUACGCUAUCUCACGGAUGGCAUACUGCUGCGCGAGGCCAUUGCGGAUCGUUUGCUGCGCAGGUAUGCGGCCAUUAUGCUGGACGAGGCGCACGAGCGGACGGUCAAUGCGGAUGUCCUGUUCGGCAUUGUGAAGGAGGCGCAACAGGAGCGCCGCAAGCACAAGCUGACCAAGCUGAAGCUGAUUAUCACCUCGGCCACGAUGGACAUUGAUCAUUUUGGCAAAUACUUCAAUGUGAAGGGCAUGUAUCUGGAGGGGCGCACGCAUCCGGUGCGUGUGCUGCACGCCAAGGAGACGCAGGAGGAUUACAUACACGCCGCGCUGGUCACACUCUUCGAUAUCCAUCGCCACGAGCCCAUCAAUCAUGAUGUGUUGAUCUUUCUCACCGGCCAAGAGGAGAUCGAUGCGCUGGCCCAGCAAAUCCGCCAGCUGGCCAGGAUCAAUAACUCGGGCCCCUCCGAUGUGCGUGUCUUCACCCUCUACGCCCAGAUGGCCCAGGGCAAGCAGCUGGAAUGCUUUCUGCCCGUGCCGGCGAACACACGUAAAAUUGUCCUGGCGACGAAUAUAGCCGAGACCUCGAUUACCAUACCGGGCAUACGCUGUGUCAUUGACUGCGGCUUUGUCAAGGAGAAGUCGUUCAAUCCCAGCUCUGGUCUGGAUUUGCUCAAAACCGUGCGCAUCUCGCAGGCACAGGCCUGGCAGCGCAGCGGACGCGCCGGCCGCGAUGCACCCGGUGUCUGCUAUCGCACCUACACGAAGGCCACCAUGGAGAAGUUCCGCAGCGCCGCACAGCCGGAAAUAUUGCGCGCCAAUCUGACUGCCACGGUGCUGCAGUUGCUCGCGCUGGGCAUCGAUUGCGCCAGCUUCGAUUUCAUAGAUACCCCACAGCCGGAGGGCGUACAGAGCGCCUACCAGGCCCUGGAGCAAUUGGGUGCCGCUGCGCCCAACAUUACCACAACGGGUCGCUGGAUGGCCCAGUAUCCACUGGACCCCAGAUACGCCAAGCUGUUGCUCGCGGCACCCACAUUCGGCUGCAUGGAGGAGAUGCUCAGCCUGGUGGCGGCAUUGUCCAGCGACAAUGUGUUCAUUGGACACACGGACAAGAGCGAACUGGCCGCCUUGGCGCACGCCAAGUUCCAGUCCAAGCACGGCGACCAUUUGACACUGCUCAACGUGUUCGGGACGUUCCAGAAAACCGAUAAGCCAAAGAUCUGGUGCCACGACAAUUUCCUCAAUAUACGCAAUCUAAACUAUGCGCGCAGCGUGCGCAACCAGCUGGCGGAGAUCAGCGCCCGACUGAAUCUGGCCUUCAACAGCUGCGGCGACAACACGGAUGCGGUCAAGAAGUGCCUGCUGACGGGUCUCUUCGACAACAUCGCCCUGCUCCAGAAGGAGGGCCACUACCUAACGCUCAGCGGGCGUGUCAAGGCCAAGAUUCAUCCAUCCAGCGUGCUGCACGGCAAAUACAAGCCGCAGUGCAUCCUCUUCACCGAAAUGGUGCAAACGGAGCACAAUUUCCUGCGCCAGGUGACCGAAAUCUGCAUCGACUGGAUCGAGGAGGUUGUGCCAUCCAUUAAGUGUAUUCUUAAAUAAAGCUCGACUUCAAUUUA